AGUUUUCUUCCUUUUAGAGCAGGUCACAGUUAUUACAAGAGCGAUAAGGAAGUCAAAAUCUAGGGGAUCAGUUUUAAGUUCAACAAUUCCUUGAUAAAACAAGUUAGAUCUCGCUAUUAAAGUCAGAUAAACUUUAGAACAGUCAACUGGCGCAAGGACCAUGUGGGCUGUAGUAGGAAUAUUAUUUGUGGGCAGUGCCCUCGCAAUGGACAAACUUACCAUUACUAAUCACUGGUAUGGAGGUUUUGAGGGCGACUUUGUAGCAUCAGGCGAGGCUCAUGGCUGGAAAGCCCAUUUAGUGUUUGAUCAUCCAGUAAAUAAGCUAGAAGUAUGGAAACUGGAAGUAGAAAGCCAGACAAACGGAGGUAGAGAAUUCAUUCUGAGGGCACUCCCUGAAUUUUCAGAGUUGAAUUCUACAACAUCACUGACGUGUCAUUUCGUUGCUAGGCAAGACGGGGACGCGGUACCAUAUGGAAUGUAUUAUAUAGAAGGUGGUAAGACUGGAGCUGGUGGUAGUACUGGAGGUGGGUCUACUGGAGGUGGAUCAACAGGAGGUGGUAGUACAGGAGGUGGUAAUGCCACACCAGGACCAGUGGCCGGUGGUGGUUCUCCAAUGAAGUAUGACUACAACGAGGCCUUAAAACUAUCUAUCUUGUUUUACGAUGCUCAAAGAUCUGGAAGACUUCCGGCAAACAAUCCCAUACCAUGGCGUGGAGACUCUGCUGUCAAUGACGGAGCUGACGGCCAUGAUCUUAGCGGUGGAUGGUAUGACGCUGGAGAUCAUGUCAAAUUCAAUUUGCCAAUGUCAUGGUCAACAUGGGUGCUGUUAUAUAGUAUGCUAGAGUUCAAGGACGGAUAUGUGGCCGCCGGUCAGAAGGACAUGGCAUGUGAUAUGAUCCGAACACCGCUAGAUUAUUUCCUGAAAUGCUGGAUUCCUAAUCAGCAAACGCUUUAUGUACAGGUAGGAGAUGGUCAUGCUGACCACGGGUUCUGGGGUCGACCAGAAGACAUGCAUAUGGGACGACAAGCUUACAAGGUCACGACCUCGUGUCACGGAAGUGACGUAGCUGGAGAUACAGCCGCAGCAAUGGCUGCCGGAUAUAUGGUUUUCAAGGACAUGUGCGGAGAUACUGGAUUUGCUGACAGGCUUUUGGGAGCUUCAAAGAGUUUGUAUACAUUUGCAAAGAGCAACAGGGGAAAGUACACCGACUGUGUCACGCAAGCAAAGGACUUUUAUGGGUCCACCGGUGAUGCCGACGAACUUGCUGUUGCCGGGGCAUUGUUGUACAAAGCCACAAACGACCAGGGAUAUCUGAAUGACGCUAAGGGAUUUUACCCAUCUGGAACAGCCUGGAGCUUUAACUGGAACGAUGCCGACGUCGGCGCUGCUUUAUUACUGUAUGGUAUUACAAAAGAUGGCAAAUACAAAACAGACAUCGAAGGUUUGGUGAACUCGUUCAAACCCGGUGGUAACGUACAAAACACACCAUGUGGAUUGGCCUGGCGUGACCAGUGGGGACCUAACAGACAUGCCGGAAACGUUGCAUUUGUUGCCACAAUGGCGGCCAAAUAUGGAAUCCAACCUGACGCUUACAAAAAGUGGGCCAUGUCACAAAUCAACUACCUUCUCGGAGACAACAAACUUCAUAUAAGCUAUGAAAUUGGAUUUGGAAGCAACUAUCCCAAACGACCGCAUCAUAGAGGAAGUUCCUGUAAGCCUGGAUAUUGUGCACAAGGCGACGCUCCAAACCCGAACAUUCUCAAGGGUGGUUUAGUUGGAGGACCUGACCAGUGGGAUAACUAUGACGACAGAAGAGAUGAUUACGUCAAGAAUGAGGUAGCAUGUGAUUACAAUGCCGGUUUCCAGGCUUGUUUAGCAGGUUUGGUUCAUUUCGCCCACAACAACGACUUGCCGGCAGCACCAGGAGCUAAAUGUUAAUUUAUGUUAUUUCUAAAUAUUGCAAU